AUGCCCUUUACUAAGAUAUACUACCCCUCCGACCGGGGCACACCUCUGGAAAAUACAGGCCUGAAUGUGGUUUGCAACCAAGAGUAUGCACAGGCAGUGCAGCAUGUUCAUUAUCACAUUAUUCCAGCGCCGACAGCUUUUUCGACAGCAACCUCAUCCAACGCAGCAGCAGGCGAAGUCGACCAUGUUGCCAAGCCAUUGACCCAGAAGGAGAUGCAUCUUAAGGAGUUUCAGAACAGGAACUUGCUGGAUGACGACGAAGCACGGCAACUAACAUCCAUGGCGACCUUUGACUACGAUGAUAGCAUGGAAGGACCGUCUACAUUGCAUGACGACCCUCAAACAAUAGGCUACGACGAUCCACAGUCAGAGCCACUUGACAUCCCAGAUGACGCACUUGCGGAUGACGAUGAGCCUAUACAGGGUGCAACUGUAAUCAGUGAUACGAAGAAGGCACGAGAAAAGAAGAAGUUCGCAUAUGACCCCAAGCGAGAGCCAGGCAAAACUCAUGCCCCGCUCUCCAAAGUACGACAGAUUACGAAGGCAGACAGGGAACUGCCUGUCGUCCAGAAAGAGGCGUUGUUCGUACUGGCGAUAGCAGCGGAAGAGUUCGUGAGGCGGAUGGCCGGAGCCGCCGAGCGCAUCGCAAAGAGAGAUCAAAGAACGACACAGCAAAUGCGCGACCUUGAUCUCAUCUUGAUGCCCCCACUCGAGGAGACCGUCGGACAUAAAGGGAAGACCAAGCAGCCAAAGGAGAAGAUCGUAGACUCAGCGAGGGGGCCUCUCGACAGAUUCGUUGCGAAAGAUCCGCGGGACGAAGAGGACCUUGCGGCACAGAUAAUUGUGAAUGAGGACGGUACAAUGUCUAUGGAGUUGAAAGUCAUGGUCUAUCUGCCGGCAGUGUUAUCCAACCUUGCCCAUCAAAAGUUCCCGAGCAUUUUAACGGUAUGGUCAGCCUCAGCUGUGAGAAUUGGGCUCAUCUACAGCACCUUCAGUGCGUACUCUGGCGGUCUGCCUACAGGCUGUUCAUGA